AUGGAAUUAAUUGCGAGUUCUAUAGCAAUUGCUAGCAAAUUACUGGUAUUGGAUCGUGAUGAAGUUACUCAAAAAAGUGAUCUUGAUGAUAUUUGUUUUUAUAAUUGGUUCCAACAAACUAAACGCAAUAGAGCAGUUAGUAAUUUUGAAAGUCGUUCCAAAAUCAAAUCCUACAUUGGUUCAGUUGUUUUAAAAAAUACGCCAUCAGAAUUUAUAUAUCAUUUCCGUGUGAGUCAUGAAAUAUUUGAAAUACUUUUGAUGUCAUUACCACCUAGAAGUAAAUCAAUAAGAGGAAGACCAUUAUUGGAUAAUCUUUUUGUUUAAUAUUAACUCUAUGGAUGUUGGCUAAUGAAAAGGAAACCUAUAGGUUAGUAUGGCUCUAAUGGUUGAAUAAAUUUAAUUCUAGCUAUGUUAACGGAUGUUGCUUUUAAAUUAAUUUUGAAUAUGUCCACAUGAAUAGCGUUUGUAAUU